CACUUUGUUGAUUCUUUGCUUAUACAAAAAAUAUACAGAUUUACCGAUCUGAGUUUAAACCUCCAUUCAUUCAUUCCCAUAUUUUGAAGAAAAUGAGAAGAAACUGUAACUUGGAGCUCAGGCUUAUGCCUCCUUCUCUUUCAUCUUUUUCUCCUAAGAAUUGCACUACUCCCUACUUCUCAAUGGAGGAUAAAGAAAGCACAGAAUUAGAGAAGCAGCAACCGCAGCAGCUAACCAUUUUUCACAAUGGCAAACUUGUGGUUUCAGAUGCUACUGAGCUUCAGGCUAAAGCUAUAAUAUAUCGUGCAAGCAGAGAAAUGGAGGACAAAACAAAGAAGACUCCAUCACCAAUGUCAGAGCCGUCGUCACCUUUAUUACAACCUCAAACUGGUCUUUUCAUGAAGAGAUCUCUACAAAGAUUUCUACAAAAGAGAAAAAAUAGAAUUCAAACAACUUCGCCAUAUCAUCACUAGCUGCUACUGAAGGACUCCGCCUUAGUUUAGUUCCAUUGUGCAUAUAUGUUUGUAUCUUCAGUGAGAACUAGAAAGUAAUUUUUUUUUUUGGAUAGAUGGAUUAGAAUACUAGUGUAUCACUGAUUUCCACAGUUUUGGCAAUACUAUUAAUCUUUUCUCA